AUGGAAAUGAAUCAACAACAAAGUGGGGGCAACUUAUCUUCCAUGGCCCCCAUGAAUGGUGUUGCUGGUGGAGCUGCAACACGCUUGAAUGAUGUGGAGCAAACCGGAGCAACAGUUGAGGCUGGCUCAGGCUCGUCGGCCGGGAACAGCAACAACACUCAUGAGAGAAAGAAGAGGCGUUUACAGAGGCUCAAUAAGGAACAGUCGGAGAUAAUUGAAGGGUUUUUCUGCAUCUGUGGACAUCCUGAUGAGGGUCAAAAGAGGCAUCUGAGUCAGGCGACAGGUCUUGGGUUAGAUCAAGUGAAGUUUUGGUUUCAGAAUAAGAGGACACAAGUAAAGACUACCUGCUGGAAGGAAGAUAACUACAAGUUGACUGUGGAGAAUGAAAUUCUGAGGGAUGAAAACAGGAGGAUUAAGAUAGCCCACUGCUAUGCGAUAUGCCUCACUUGCCGUAAUUCAGCAGUACAUAACCAGCUUGCCGCUGAGAUGGAAAGGAUUAAGGGGCAAACUGAGUGGCUGCAGCAAGAGAUUGCACGGUCAAAUGGAGCAAAUGCAAACCUUGCAUUCCAACUUGAUUCAUCAGCAGAGAACCUAUUUUCAGGGCAACAUGACCACCAAAUGAUUGCUGAACUAGCCAAAAACGCAAUGCAUGGAUUGAUUAUUUUGGCCGAAGCCCAUGUCGCUCUAUGGUUACCCGUCCCUGGGUACUCUUUUGAAACGUUGAACAUGACAGCUUAUCAGCAAGCAUAUCCUGGGGGUGACGGUGCCAAUGCCUUGGGAUUCAGGACAGAGGCUACCCGUGCAGAUGCUAUGGUCAUGAUGGACCACAAAAGCAUUGUGGAUUUUCUCAUGGAUCCUUAUAGCUACCGGACUUUCUUCCCUGGAGUUAUUUCCGGAGCAGUAACAAACCGGAUUUACUCCUGGCCGACUAAUGAUGGAUAUAAUGGGGUUAUACAACUGAUGACUGUUGAGAUGAUGUUUCCAUCGCCCCUGGUACCGACUAGGAAAUGCACAUUCCUGCGUUACUGCAAGGUGCUGGAGGAGGGAGCAGUGGUCGUCGUUGACGUCUCGUUGGACAACGGCAGUGGCCUCUCAAAAUGCCGUAAAAUGCCAUCAGGAUUUCUGAUUCGGUCCGUGAGGCCAAACGCCUGCAAGGUCGCUGCCAUAGAGCACGUCCGUGUGGAUGACACCGGCAUUCAUGAGCUCUACCAGCCAUGUCUGGAUGGACUCAUCUUCGGAGCUCGCCGCUGGGUGGCGACCAUGGCACGGCAGUCUGCUCGUCUGAGAGAUGUUUAUCUCUCCAAGACUGCUCUACAAGUCAGCACGAAGGGGAGGAAGAACCUCAUGAAGCUAGCAGACGACCUGCUAGCGAGCUACGCCAGCAGCGUCUCCGCCACCGGCGCAGGGACUUGGACCGUCGUGAUCGGCGCCGGCACGGAGAAGGACGUCAGGGUCGCGUACAGGGGCAUCACCGAGGGCAGCAGCAGCACCAAUGCAGUCCUGUCCGUCAGCGCGUCCCUGCGUCUGCCGCUGCCCAUGAGGAAAAUCUUCGACCUGCUCAGGAACCUUACUCUCCGCUCCAAGUGGGACGUCCUGGUGCACGGCAGCACGGUGAAGGAGGAGGUCUCCAUCGCCAGGGGCGUCGGGAGCGACGACGCUGUCACCGUCCUUCAUGUCAAGCGCGCCCCGGGGGAGAACAAGGAGAGGACGAUGAUCCUUCAGAACAACGGCUACGACGUAUCGGGCUCGUUCAUCGUCUACUCCCCCAUCGACAGCAAGCUGAUGGACACGAUGGUCCUGGGCCCCAGCGAGCUGCCGUCCGGGGCCAGCGGGCUGUCCCUCUACCCCACAGGCUUCUCCCUCCUCCCGGACGGCGAGGCGGCGCGGGAAAGCAGCGGCAUGGACCUCGGCGAUGUCGGGGGAACUCUCAUGACCCUGGGGUUCCAGAUUCCGGUGAAGCUCGCCACCGGGAAUGGCAUGUAUCCUCGGUCCGUGACGUCGGCGAUCAGGCUCAUGACUGACACCAUCGGCAUCAUGAAGAGGACACUGAUGGAAGACCACUCGGACAUCUACGGGAGUGGCCCGUUCAAUGCCUAGAUUCUGAAACAUUUCCCAGGGAGAAUAAAGGAGGCCAUGCACAGAUGCAAGGCAAGUUAGGAACAUGAGAGGGGGAUUCAUCGGCUCAGAUCACCCUGCCUCUCC